AUGAACCUCAACUUCACCUCCCCGGUCCACCCAGCGGUGUCUUCCCAGCGCCCCACGUCUUUCUUCAUCGAGGACAUUCUACUGCACAAGCCCAAGCCGCUGCGCGAGGUGGCCCCCGACCCGUUCGCCGGCUCUCUGGCCUCCCGGGUGCCCCUGCUAGACUAUGGCUACCCGCUCAUGCCCGCGCCGACGCUCCUGGCCCCACACCCGCAUCACCCGCUGCACAAGAGCGACCACCACCACCACCCCUACUUCCUCACCGCCUCCGGUGUGCCUGUCCCCGCCCUGUUCCCGCACCCUCCGCACGCCGAGCUCCCGGGGAAGCACUGCCGGCGCCGCAAAGCCCGCACCGUGUUCUCCGACUCUCAGCUCUCUGGGCUGGAGAAGAGGUUCGAGAUCCAGCGCUAUCUGUCCACCCCGGAACGCGUGGAGCUGGCCACGGCGCUCAGCCUGUCCGAGACGCAGGUGAAGACGUGGUUUCAGAACCGCAGGAUGAAACACAAGAAGCAGCUGCGGAAAAGCCAAGACGAGCCCAAGGCCCCGGACGGAUCGGAGAGCUCCGAGCGCAGCCCCCGCGGGCCCGAGCCGUCCCCCGCCCCGCGGCCCGGCCCUCCCGCCGGACCCUACGCGCUGGCCGAGCCCGAGCCCGAGCUGGACAUCGGGGAGGAGGGGGAGCUGGGCCCCGGGCCGCACCUGCUCUGA